GACGACCGCGUCCGGGCUUGCCGCAAGUCGCUCGAGCCGCACGCCGGGCCGGCAAGGGCGGCGUCGCGCCGGGCGCUGGAGUCGAAGCUGCGGGGGCUGCUGGCGGCCGCCGGCGCGGCAGAGGGCGGGCGCAAAGGCGGCGAAGCUGCGGAGACCGCCCAGGCGGCCCAGGAGGGCGAGGAGGAGGCCGCGGCUGCCGCGGGGCCCCCCGCGGAGAGGCGGAGGAAGAAGAGGAGGAGGGCGCCCGCAAGGAAGGGCGCCACAGAGGUGGCAGAGGAGGAAGAGAAGGACGAUGAGGACGAGGCGGAAGAUGGCGACGAGGGCGACCCCUCGCUCCACCAAGCAGCGGUGGACAUCCUGCUGCGCGCCUCUGCGAAGGCUAGGGCCCAGCCGCCCAGGAGUCCGAGGACGAGUCCGUGGCCCCGUGCCCAGACUUGCCGUCGCCCUGCCGCGGGCCGGAGCGGCGGGCGCUAG